GAUCAACUUGGCCUCUUUAUCGAUUCUUCCUCUUACAACCACAUUGUCCCUAUUGUCUCCUAAAGCUUUUCAUAUUAUACCGAGAUACAAUAAGCAUUUCUCGUUUUGACGGCAAAUAAUGAUCGCGGAGAGCAUGGGCUUCCGCAAAACAACGUUAUUUCCUUCAUUUCCAAAUUAGCUAUGCGAGAUUCAAGUGUUGACGAUCAUAUUAAUGGCAUUCGCCAUGUCGAUCCCACAGACCCGCCGGGCCCGAGUUCGCAGAAAGAAGGGGAAGGGAUUGAUGAAAGAUGUGGCAGGAGCUUAGAGAGAAAGGACCAGUCUCGGGAUAAUUCCAUAGUCAAAGCAAUCAACGAUUGUCCAACUCCAACCCCAUCCAUUCAUUCCAUUGAAUCUUUCCCUACUCUCGAGAUCACCGCCUCGACUCCUGUUACACCCAAUUAUGAGGAACGCGAUACUUUUGAAGAUACAAGUAAUACAAGCAGAAAUAAUACGAGCAACAGCAACGGGAAUGGCCAAGUGUAUUCAAUAGAUGGAACGUCGAGUAACAGUAACGGUGGCGGUAGCGGCAGCGGCAGCGGCAACAGCAACGGCACCAACAAAAACGGUGGUGUCAACGGACAGUCCUCCAUUAUCCCAGACAAGCCGAUCACGAGUCGACCUACCGAUACCAUCGCUGUAGUUAAACCCCGUACGCAAUCGACCUCGAAGUCAGCGACAAAGAAACCCAGCCACGAGAGCGUUAGGAAACUCUCAGCUUCCCAAAUGCAAGAAUUAACGUCGUCGCCCGACUCGCUACCGAUCGCGGUUGUCCCACCACAACCCUCUCAUCGUAAGCCCAAUGGCGCCGAAUAUCCCAUGUCUGCUGGCAUUAUAGAGUCGGGGUCCCGUCCCACUAUGGCCGAGCAACUACGGAGUGUUGUCCGGACACCUACUGCUGAAAAGGAGCGGCCAUCCACACCGAACCGCAAUGAGACUCCAAAAACCGCAGGCGACUUCAGGCGACCUUCUGCGUCGCGAACACUUUCCACCCCUCCUAUCAAUAGGAGAUCAACGACAGGGCUUCCUGUAACGGAAUCGAAUUCUACGAGAAGGAACUCCUUCAAUCCUCUUCCUCGCCCGCUACCCUUAAACCCGUUGAAUAUUCCAUCUCAGCCUCCCCCACCUCCCCCAAAACCAGACCGAGCCGAUCCAUCGCCACCAUCUCCCAUAGUUCCUACCAUACCCCUUCCGCCCAUGUCCCUCCCUACCCAUCUUCAACUCGAAUUAGCUGGUCAACGGCCCAGUCCUCUCUAUAUCCACCAUUCUCAUGCCACCGAUAUACCAUAUGAAUCCAGCGCAGUCAAAUUCGAGAGGUUACUAAAUGCGUUUUACUUGAUACCUCACCUUGAAUACGUUCUGGGUUUUGGUGCUCUAGCUUGUUUCGACGCAUGGCUAUAUACCUUUACGAUAUUGCCCUUGCGAUUUCUCAUCGCACUCGGCGUGCUUGUAAAAUGGUGGGCGUACGUAGUAUGGAAAGAAGCGAAAUGGACUGUUGGUUACGUUUGGCAAGGCACAUGGCGACUUUGGCAAAGAGCAAGAAGAGGUCGUGGCACAUCGCGAAAUAGAUCUGAGAGUAGUCUGGCCGCUAGCGAGUCCGAGAGAAGCCAGAGCCGAGCGAGGGAUAAUAGCUCUGCCGCUCAGCAAAAUGGGACUACGCGACAUCGCACUUCAUCUGGAGCAGUGGGUAUGUCUACGGCAGACACGCCUCGACUUAAUGGCAACGGUGUGUUCCAUCCACCGAAGCAUCCCAUGCCAAGACCUGGUGGUUCCCGGCAUCGUAGAACGAAGUCGGUACCUUCCAAUUUGACAUCUUAUCACAAAGCCGAUCUUCUCCAAGGCUUCGUUCUCAUCUGCAGCUCCUUGGCAUUAAUGAACCUCGACGCAAGCCGAAUGUAUCACUUUAUCCGCGCCCAGUCCUCGAUGAAGCUCUAUGUAAUCUACAACAUCCUCGAGGUAGCUGAUCGACUCCUGUCUGCUGUUGGUCAGGACAUUCUAGAGUGUCUGUUCAGCUCUGAGACGCUUUCUAGAAAUAGCUCGGGACGGUCUAAGGUUCUCUUGCCCUUUGGCAUGUUCAUCCUCUCGCUCAUAUACAACGUCGCUCAUACCAUGUGUUUAUUCUACCAAGUCAUCACACUAAAUGUUGCCGUAAACUCUUACUCAAACUCCCUACUCACUCUCCUCAUAUCGAAUCAGUUCGUCGAAAUCAAGGGGAGCGUGUUCAAGAGAAUUGAAAAGGAGAAUUUAUUUCAGCUUACUUGCUCAGACGUGGUUGAACGCUUUCAACUAUGGAUCAUAUUAUUGAUCAUUGGCAUGAGAAACGUGGUAGAGGUAGGGGGGCUAUCCGUACUAGGAGCUGGAAGUGACAUGGACGGCGCCUCGAAGCCUGGUCCGCUUCAUACCAGCUCGAGCAUACCGGACAGUUUCACCGUGAUCCCAUCCUGGUUACUCUCCGGUGAAGUGCUCUCGCCCUUCCUUGUUGUCAUAGGUAUCGAGAUGAUAGUCGAUUGGAUCAAGCAUGGAUAUAUUAACAAGUUCAACAACGUCAAACCCACGCUCUAUAGUAGGAUGCUGGAUAUCCUAUGCAAGGAUUACUAUACUAAUGCUUUCUCUGCGCCCUCGCUCACUCGGAGGUUGGGUUUGCCGUUGUUGCCGCUGUCUUGUCUCUUCAUUCGGGCCUCCAUACAGGUGUAUCACAUGUUUCUCGCCACACACCUUAAUCCCCCGAUUCCCACCUCGACUACUGAGCUUUCGGUGGAAUCUUCUACCCCAUCCUCGCCAGCAAUGAUCGCUGCGCUAGAACACCUUGACACACUGCUUAGGAACGCCCUAGGCCGAGCAGUAUACGGUUAUCCAUACGGCUCACCCCACGACAGGCCAUUUUGGACUUUUUCUUCAGAUGACGCAAUUGCCCUACUAACCAUGGUGGUAUUCUUCAUCCUCGCCUGGUUUGUACUCCUCAUUGUAAAACUUCUCUUAGGUAUGGCUCUAUUGCGAUGGUCCAGGAGACGGUACGCUGCGAUGAAGCUUAAGGAGCACGCCGUAGCUGCCGGCAAGGCUGACCGCGAGAAUUACGCGCAGCCGGGAAAACGCAUCGGUUCAUGGGGCACGGUGGAGAUAGGUGAUGACCGCAGGCGAUGGCUGUACGAUGACGAUAAGGAGGGAUUGAAGAAGAUGCGGGAACGGGAACGUAAAGGAGAGGAGAAGUUUAAGGAGAAGGGUGCGGGUGAUGAUGGGCUGUCAAAGGUGAUGAGGUAUGAGAUGGUGGCCAAACGGAUAUGGUGAUUUUGUGUCUCGUGGAAGACGGCCUCAACAGCAUUGUAUUGUACUGCAUGCAUUAUAUUCGCAUUCGAUGGCGUCCAGCAUUUUGAGCAUGUAUCUACAUUUUAAUCCCAUUGCAACUGCCGUUAUUACUCA